AAAUGGGUUUUGGUAAUUAAUUUGGUAAAUUAGCUGUAAUAAGUAUAAAUAAUAAAUUCAUAGUAAUCUUAUUUAGUAUAGUAAUAACCGCAGUAUUUUCUCUAGGUAUAUUAAAUUUAAAAAUGGAAAGUGAUCCUUAAAAAUUAUGGGCACCUCCAUCUGGUCGUACAUAUGAAGAACAGAGAAAUUUUAACAAAAAUUUCGGCGAAUUUUUUAGAGUGAACUAACUAAUAAUUUCUGCUGGAGAAAAUUUCAAAAAUUCAACAAAUAAUGAAUCUAAAUCUAAACUAAAAUCAAUCAAAACAUGCACUAAUUCAAAAAAUAGGAAUUUAAAUGAUAUUCUAAAAUAAUAAAAAGAUUAAGAAUAGUAAGAUUUACCGAAUCUAUUCGAUAUAGAACCUUUAAAAUGGUUAUACUAUCUAUAAAAAGUCAUAAAUACUCGUUCCUUUUAAAGAAAUGGAUAAAAUGUUACAGCUGAUUAACUUUGUUAUAAACCGAUUUCUAAUAAAGGUUGCUUAAUUACUUCACCUAUGGAUUAUUGGAAAAUGAAUAUAACAUUAUUAAAUGAAAGAGCAAAUUAAGACUAUAUACCUCCAAAAGAUAGAAUAGAUCCAAGAAAAGCACUAUAAAAAGAUGCUUUAUGUAUAGAAGCUAAUACAAAAACUACACUAAUUCCAUGUACAGAUUCUAAUAGCAUUCCAGUUAUAAAGGAAGCUGUUGUUGGUGGAUCUUAUUGUGAAUCUUAUGAGCAUGAUGAUUUGCCUUGUUCUCAUUGUUGGUUGUAAGCUUAGGCUUUAAUUGUUACCUAUUUAUUUAAUAAUGAUAAGUUUACUUAGGAUAUAGCUAAUGAUUGGGAAAAGUAAGUUUUUGCAGAUACAGUUUUUGCUUUUAGAAAUAAAACUUUAGAUUUUUCAAAAUAUUUAAAUGAAACCAUUGAAAUAGAUUACAAAAAUGUUGAUAAUUGGCCUGAUUUAGAUGUUUAAUUUAUGGCAUAAAGAGGAAUUUCGGAUGAUUUGGUAACUGAAGCAAGCCAAAAUUUAUGGGUAGUAGCACUUUCAUAUAGUUUGAUGUUUGUUUACAUUUCUAUUUCCAUAGGUUCUUUUCCUUCUAAAACACACUCAGGAUUUCUAAUAGGAUUUUCUGGUAUUGUUUUAGUAUUAUUUUCAAUUGCUUGUUCUAUGGGAUUCAUGUCUUUUAUAAAAAUCGGGAUGACUAUGAUAUCUGUUGAAGUUAUUCCUUUUUUAAUUUUAGCUAUUGGUGUUGAUAAUAUGUUCAUUAUUAGCAAUGCCGUUAAAAGUGCAGAAGGAGAAAGUUUAGAAGAAAGGGUUAGGUCAGGAAUGACUGAAGUUGGGCCUUCUAUUACUGCAGCUGCUAUUUCUGAAAUAUUAGCUUUUACUGUUGGUAUGUUUACUAAAAUUCCAGCUUUAUAAACUUUUUGCAUAUAGGCUGCUAUUGCCAUUUUUUUCCUAUAUUAGCUUGGGAUGAAUAGUGAACCUGAAAGACCAAGAGAAGAUUUUGUAAAAUAAAUGAUUUCUAAAUAUUAUAUUCCGGUUCUUAAAAAUUAGAUGUUUCAUGUAUUUAAUCUUUUACUGUUUAUUGUAUUGAUUGUAAUAGGAAUUUUAGGAUGCCUUUAAUUAGAUACUGGACUUAAUUAAUAAGUUUCUCUUGUAAGUGGAUCCGAUUUAAACAAUUAUUUUGAUAAAUAUAAUUAAUAUAUAGAAAUUGGACCAUUAGCAUAUUUAGUUCUUUAAAAUAUAGAUUAUAAAAAUUAAAAUGAUAUAGAUGUUAUUAAUUAAAUUUCAAACGCAUUAUCUUUGUUAUAAGAAACUGUAUAACCUCCUGUUUUUUCAUGGAUCGCUACUUUUAAUUAAUUUAGAAAUCCUAAAUAGAUGUGGGCAACAGAUUGUGGUACUGGAGAUAUUGAUUAAUAUCCUUUCGAAGUUUAAGUAUAAAAGUUUAUAGACGUGAAAGUUAAUUCUGUUUGUUGUUAAAAAUAUGGAAUUUGUGGUGAAUAGUUUAAUAAAGAUAUUAUUUUUGACGCAGAUGGUAAUAUAAAGGCAUCUCGUUUAAGAUUUUAACACAAACCUGUUAUUACUAGUAAUGAUUUUAUAAAAGCGUUUUAAUAAACAAGACAAGCCGUUGAUAAUUCAAACAAUUUUUAACCUUCGAAUUCAAAUAAAAAUGCAUAUUCUUAUUCUUUGAUAUACUCUUAUUAUGAUUAAUAUACAGAAAUCAGAGCUGUUGCCAUUUAAAAUAUGCUAUUAGCAAUAGGAGCUGUAUAUAUAGCUAUAAACUUUAUUAAAAAUGGUAUUGCAGCAAUAAUUGUUUCUUUAAAUGUUUUUGCUAUAACAUUUAAUCUAAUAGGAAUAUCAUGGUUAUCAAAUAUUAUACUUAAUGGAUAUAAAAUUGAAAUAAAUGCUAUUAGUGUAGUUAAUUUAGUUACUUGUGUAGGUCUAAGUGUUGAGUUUUGUGUACAUUUAGUUAUUUCUUAUAUGAAUAGUUAAGGUACUAGAUAAGAAAAAACUGAAAAUGCAGUCAAAUUAAUGGGAUCGAAUAUUCUUGUGGGAAUCGCAAGUACUAAAUUUAUUGGGGUUAUUGUACUUGGAUUCGCUACUAGUGCAAUGUUUAGACUUUAUUAUUUUAGAAUGUAUAUGGCAAUUAUCUUUUUAGGUAUUUUCUAAGGAUUAAUGUUCUUACCGACUAUUUUAAUGUAUAUAGGACCUUAAACUAAAGGUAGAGAUAGGAAAUCGUUUUUACAUACAAGUUAAUUGGAUGAUUCGGAUGAUAAUCUGGAAAUUAAAUAAAAAGAAAUUUGAUUUUUUUUAUUUUUUAUUUUUGGUUUAAGUUUUUUU